AGGUAAAAACCUCCAACAUUUAUCAGGUAGGCAGUGAGGUUUGAGCACCGAAAAUUUGUACGAUUAAUCCAUCUAUUCAGAAGAAUACACGUUUGCUUACAAUUUACUGGAAAUUUGCCCCCAAAGUUGUUUAGUUUUGUGUGGUCGAGCAUGAGACAGACUCAGGCUACCAUUCCUAUAAAAAAAAAAAAAGGAUAGAAUGACACUGAGGCCAUACCAAGUAAAGUGUAGCUGUUACUCAAGUUAAUGGUUUGAAUAUCAAAUGAUUAUAGAAAGGCUACAGAAACAUUGCAGUAAGGGAAAGACAAAUGCUACUGAGUCACAGCACGACAGGAAAGUAUUUCCACUAAAAACAAGAGAAGGUUAUUUACUGAGUGACUCCAGAGAAGCUUGGCUUAGAUACAAAUCCUACGUUAGUCCCCAACAUUAACCCAAGCACAAGAAGGUCGCAAUAAUAACUCUUGAUGCUGUGAAUUAUGAUGAAAAAUGAACUUAAUGUCAGAUGGUGUAUUUUUCCAAUAAAUAACUUGUUUCCAAGCAUAACCCACUUAACAUAUUUUCAAUACCUAAAAUGUUUGAAAGGUUCUUCUUCCAGGUUCAUACAGUGAAGAAGACUAAACCAAAGCAGUGAAACAUCCACUCAGUUCAAACGCCUUUGGUAUGCUAACUUUGCUGUUGAUUUGAUUACGAUAAGCGAGAAACAAGUAGCAAAUGAACCAUUUAUACAGUUGGACACAACUGAUCUUGUAUAGAUUGUGAAUGGUUUAUUUAUUCAGGAAUUUAUUAAACAUGUACUUUAGCAACAUGAUCAGAUCUAGAUGUUAGAAGCAUGAAUGCAAAAAUACACUCAUACAGCUAUUACUGAGACUGAUUCAAACAUUUACAAAACACACUAACAAGGCACAGUAAACAAGAGAGAACUCACCAAUAUAGAAACAAUUUUCUCAUUCUUUGUUUAUUUCAAAGUAUGUACAUGUACUCUCCAAGAAAUAGUGGAUAAUUUGUAAGGGAUUUGGACAUUCCUAUGGAUAUUUUGUCUGAGCAAAAUUUGCCAUAUAACAGCAUAAGAUUGAUCAUACAGGUAUAUACUUUACCCGAAGUUCAAAACUAUAGACAAAUUGAACGGUAUGACCAGUGUUUUCACGCAUAUAUCUUUCCAAAUGUCUUGAAUUUUUUGAAGACACAGGGCAAUUACAAAAUAAAUUUAAGAAUUGUCCUGGACUCACUCCCAUAGAAGGUGCCCUUGUCAUCUGUGAAAUGUCAAUGAACUUGGAAAGGGAAUAUGCAAGGAUAACUGUUGCGUCGUAUUUUAGAUUAAAGCCCUAAUUUUAUUUGAAAUGCAGAAUUGAAAGCGACAUAACCAUGUUCGACGUCAAUUUGUUGUGCAACUGUACGUUCCAGUAGAAUUUACUCCGAGGAGAAAUUUUAUUAUAGCGACAUGAGUACAUGCAUCUUUAUUUGUGCGACCCUUCUAAUUGUAAAAGAAAAUGUUUGAGUCUAUAUAUAUUGAUGUGUCAGAUUAUAUUAGCUCAAGAAAACUCAGGAACAGCAUUUAAACCUCGAACAAGCCAAGCCAAAGAAAAUGUAGGAGGCUUUUAUAUGACGUCAAACUCAUGCGACGACGUUUACCUCAUGGACCUUUUUUUUUCAAUGUGAGCAAAACAACCGCAGUAACGCCUGGAAAUACCUUGUCGAGAGCAUGAGAACCAUUUUCGCUCUCAUGUGUUGACACUCUCUAGCCUUAAAGACGCGACAGCGAGUGCUCUUAGGAAAUCUUGUUUUCUAGAUCAUGCCCUACGAUCCCGACCAUCCUCCGGCUAAAAAAUUCAAGCCGGGGUCCGUUUUCUUUCGCCUCGACAAGCAGAAACCUGGUAUGCUGCUGCCUGGGAAGGCAAAAGCGACCACCCCGAUUGAUGUCCAGAGGAAACAGCUUCCCAUUUACCAAGCGAGGGCUCAGCUUUUGAGCCAACUAAGACAACUCCACAAUGCUAUUCUGAUAGGCGAGACCGGCUCAGGGAAGACCACCCAGAUCCCCCAGUAUCUGUAUGAGGCUGGGAUCGGACGGCAGGGCCUCGUUGCCAUCACUCAGCCCCGUCGAGUGGCUGCGAUCUCACUGGCAGGCAGGGUGGCAGAAGAGAAGGGGACACAACUUGGCAAGCUGGUGGGCUACACCGUGCGCUUUGAGGACGUCACAUCCUCCGAGACGAAAUUGAAGUUUAUGACUGAUGGAAUGCUCUUACGCGAGGCCAUUGGUGACCCCUUACUGCUGCGCUACACCGUGGUGGUCCUGGAUGAAGCUCAUGAGCGCACCGUGCACACAGAUGUCCUAUUUGGAGUUGUCAAGACAGCUCAGCGCCGGCGCAAAGAACUUGGCAAGAUUCCUCUAAAAGUCAUCGUGAUGUCAGCUACAAUGGAUGUCGACCUGUUUUCGGAAUACUUCAACAAGUCACCUGUACUUUACCUGGAGGGGAGGCAGCAUCCCAUUCAGAUCUACUACACCAAACAGGCUCAGUCCGACUACCUGCAAGCUGCCCUCGUCACGGUUUUCCAGAUACAUCAGGAAGCACCUCCAUCACAUGAUAUAUUGGUCUUCAUGACGGGCCAGGAAGAGAUCGAGGCUCUAGCAAGGACAUGCCGGGACAUUGCCAAACAUUUACCUGACAAUUGUGGACCUAUGGUAGUCGUCCCUCUGUAUGCGUCACUGCCUCCGACGCAACAGCUCAGGGUCUUUCAGGCAGCUCCAAAGGGUUGCAGGAAGGUUAUCUUGUCAACCAACAUAGCAGAGACGUCAGUGACGAUAUCUGGGAUCAAAUAUGUCAUUGACACAGGAAUGGUGAAAGCCAAACGUUUCAAUCCUGACAGUGGGUUGGAGGUGCUGGCAGUGCAGCGGAUUUCCAAAGCGCAGGCGUGGCAACGAGCAGGCCGGGCCGGCAGGGAAGACUCAGGAAUUUGCUAUCGUCUCUACACGGAGCAAGAAUUUGAUCAUCUCAUUCCUAUGACUGUGCCCGAGAUUCAAAGGUGUAACCUCGCCAGUGUGAUGCUACAGCUCAUGGCUCUAGGGAUUCAAGAUGUUAUGAAUUUUGAUUUCAUGUCCAAGCCCUCCCCAGAUGCCAUUCGCUCAGCUGUGGAGCAUUUGGAGCUGCUGGGGGCUGUGGAAAGGAAUAACGGGCAGGUUCUCCUCACUGUAUUGGGAAAAAAGAUGUCCAGCUUUCCUCUGGAGCCAAGAUAUGCCAAGACCAUCCUGCUGUCCCCCAACUAUGCCUGCUCUGAGGAGAUUUUAAGCAUCGUGUCUCUGCUGUCAGUGGACAGCGUGCUGUACAACCCCCCGGCACGGCGUGAAGAGGUUCUUGCUGUGCGCAAGAAGUUCAUGUCCAGUGAAGGAGAUCACAUGACGCUCCUCGGCAUUUACAGAGCAUUCAAGAAAGUCAGUGGGAAUAAGGAAUGGUGUCGCGAGAACUUUGUCAACAGCAGGAACAUGGGCCUAGUGAAAGACGUCCAAAGUCAACUCAGAGAAAUAUGCUUUAAGCUGAACUUAAAGCUGGAGUCAUGUGGAGCGGACACAGGGAAGGUUCGCCAAUGCCUCGCCCACGGGAUGUUUGUCAACGCUGCGGAGCUUCAACCCGACGGCAGCUACUUAGCCCUGGACACCCACCAGUCGGUGGCCAUCCACCCUUCGUCGGUUCUUUUCCAGGCGAAGCCAGCGUAUGUGGUGUUCAAUGAGCUGCUGCACACCUCACGUUGCUACAUGAGGGACUUGUGUCUGGUAGAUGCUGAUUGGUUGCUUGAUGCAGCACCGGAGUACUUUGGCCGCAAAUUGCGCUCGACCAAGAGCUAACCGUUUGUGUUUAGUGCACCUCACUAACCCAGAGUUAUGUUUUUAUAUAUAUGUUCCGGCCAAUGUCCAAAAAUCAGGUUACACUGGCGCCGAAGCAAAGGAACUCUGUUGUAAACUAAGGACCGCCUCUACGUGAGACUAUCAUAACGUCUUUUGAAGACCUCCUUAGGUCAUAAGAGUACUCAAAAAAUUAUAUUGUAAUACUGUAUAUAGUGAUGGUUUACACUACCUCCCACUUGAGUCUUAAGGUAUCACUGCAGCAUGAAUCUGCACAUUGAUGUCCCACAACUCCGAUUUGCCAUUUUUAGUAAUCCCAUUUUGCAAAAUGUUCGGCUGCUUAACAGGGAUUUGUUCUGGGAUGUUAGAAAUGUCUUCUUAUUCACUUGUAUUUUAAAAGAAUAUGAAUCGCAGUUUACCGUCAGUUUAUGUAUUCUUUGCUGUGAAUGUCAGCCUAUGUAGAAUAAAAAUAUUUGGAAACCAAAUGUUGACAAGCUUCCAAAGAAAAUUCAUGUAAGACUAAACUAGGCCUUGUGUUGAUUUGAUACAAAGUGCUCUUGAAGAGCUUUUACAUGUGCGUUGGCUGUAGUUGAUUCAGUCAACAAAGUAUUUAAAAAUGUUAAAGUUUUGACAAUUUGUUGCGGCAUGUAAUAUGAGCUUGCUUUUGUAAUAUCUGCACCCACUUGGGGCAUGCUUUUUGACAUAUUUUCCAAAUACUGUAUUGGCCUGUCAGGGGAAGAUGCAUGUUGAUUCUACCUUUUGAUAUUCUCUGUAGGUAGCUCAGAAAAUGUAUGCUAUGCAUGGAGAAGAAAAUUUCAAGAAAAUAUCUGAUGACUGAUUUCUUUUGCACUUUGUAGAAAGUAAAUCACAGCUUGUGAACGUUUCUUUUGUGAUUUUGUACACUUGGGACUCAGGAUUGUAGAUUAAAUACCUUCAAAUAUUUUUACACUAUGGAAACCAUGUAAGAACACCCGCGUGUACUGUUCUAAUAAAUUGACUGCAUUUGACAA